GUAAACUCCAGCUUUCCAGGUGGAUUUUACUUAUUCUUCCCGCGCUAAAAAUUACGAAUAUUCUUUUCUCUAAAACCAUCAUCAAACCAGUCCAAAAACAAUCAAGAUUAAAGCAACUAUAAACUGAAAACCUUAAAACAGAUGAGACAGAUGUUUGACAGUAAGACAUUUUGCCGUCAAAUCUUUCAGUUCGCCAAAGGAACAGAAAACUUUCAAUAGUCAAUAGUCAACUGUCUCAACCGUUUGGGUUCACCGAGAGGAACUCCAACAGAGAAGCUUAGGUUUCAGCUCAGGUAUACGCCCUACAUUGACGCCCUACACGAAGCUGGGAUCUGAAAAAAGUUGGCAUAAGGUUAUCGAUGCUCUAUCUUGCUAGCGUCCUCAGCAGCCACUGACUGGCGUACCCGAGGUACGUUCGGAAAAAUAUCUUCAUAACUGAUCUGCUUUCAAAAACGUUUGUGAUUAGAGAAUUUCUUGGAUAAACAUAUGGAAUCAAUAUUGAGAAUUCAAAUUUUUAAGUUCAGGAAAAUAGGGCAUAUAUCGCAUUAGCAUCGAAGAUUUCAACCUUAUCUGGUUUAGAGUGAUUAUUGCAUUCUCCUGUACAAACAAUUACCCAUCAGAAGUUUAAAAACUGUAAUUUGAAUUCGUUCAAAACGUCAGUUCGUUGUCAGGAUUGUCAUUCAAAAGAAAAAAAUUGAAGCUGCUAGGCGUAUUAAAUUCUGUUCAAGAAGCAGACUGACGAGAAAGCAACGAAUGCAUGAACACGUACAAUUCAUAAAACUGCUGAAAACAAUAAGGUCACUAAGUUACGGAUCGAUCGAAGAAGACUUAAGGCAAGUUUUCUUACACAAAACGCUGGUCUUAUCUGUUAUUCGCCUUGAAAAGACUACUAAAGUUUACCAAGGAUAAGAACCUGAGAUUUAAAGCCGGGCUAGUGAAAAUUGUGUUGGACUCAGGAUUUCAAAGGAAGAUUGCGUGUGAAAGAAGAAGAUAGCUGAACGACACGUUAUAACCAGUACGUCAGCAAGCCAAGCCUUUAAAGCAGUUUUAAGCGAGGUCACCCAAGAAAAAUAAGCCAGAUCUACUGGAGGUUGGCAGAGCAGUGAGCUAAGUUUCCAAAUAUAACCAACAAAUGAACCCGUCCGGUAUUUAUAUACGCUAAGACUUGUCCGACAGAAAACAUCAAAGCUCUAAGACACUCAGGGUGAACGGCAAUCAGUGCGCUUCAUUAAUCUAACAGAAAGAUCUUGAAUUAAGACUUGUCCGAUUAAAAAAAUCAAAGCUCUAAAAGACACCCUGAGUGAUCAGUCAUUGAUCAAACAGAAAGAUAUUGAAUUGUCAACCAAUAGAUUGACAACGACGUCAUGGAUUCCGAGUCAAAGACCAUCGAAAUAAUUCGCUCAAUCCAGCUAGCCAUUAUCGUGCCAGUUAACCUGAUCGGUAACACGCUAGUCUGUAUAGUACUGUACAGAACACCUCAAUUACGAACACCUAUGAACUACUUGCUAGUCAACCUGGCUAUAUCGGACAUUAUGGUCGCUUUUUUCAUGACAGCCGACCAGCCCUUCUUCUAUGGCUGGGAACACCCAUCCGGCACUACCGGGGAUUAUUUAUGUAAAUUCAUCACCGGGAAGUUAUUCUCCUGGGUGGGGUCGGUAGCGUCGGUUUUUACAUUAGUGGCGUUAGUAUUUGAGCGGUAUUACGCAAUAGUAUAUCCGUUGCGCAGUAGAGCGCAGAUCACGAGAAAGCAGUUUUACGCGAUUAUUAUUUCAUGUUGGACUUUCGCGUUCUGUUUUAACAUUCCUCUGGUUGUUGUUCGUAUAUACAACACAAACGUGGCUGCCACGGGAUAUUUUUGUCGAAGCAACUGGUCAAGUGACGACAUUGCCAAAGCUUAUAACUUUAUAUGGUUGUUUUUUAUUGGGAUUCUUCCAAUCACUGUUAUGGGAUUCCUGUAUAGUCGUAUUGCGCGCAGUUUAUGGGGGACUGGUAAUCGUGUCGGUCCCGAGCAAUUUACAUCUCAAGUGCGCUUCAAGGCAAGAAAACGCGUCACAAAGAUGUUGAUUACAAUAACAAUCCUUUACGCACUAUGCUGGAUGCCUAACCUACUCAUUAAUGUCAUAUCCUAUUACUACACCCCUUCUGGGAUAUUCUCAUACGGGUAUCUUAUAACAGAGGUCCUAGUGCUUCUCAACAGCAGUAUAAACCCCUUUGUGUACGGAAUACAGAGCCAACAGUUCAGGAACGGAGUGAAGGUCAUCUUGUGCUGCAAGUGGUGUCCGAGAAGACAGAAUGAAGCUCAGGGCAACGAGCAAAAUAAGUUGGAGCUAGCCAAUAUGCGUAGCCCAAGAGCUUCCAUGAUAACAGCUGGGUUUGCUAACUAAAAAAAGCUUCCUAAUGUUUCCAUAGUAACAUGAGUUUGUUAAUUAAAAGUACUGCCCUAAUGUCUCCGUGGUAAUAACUUGCUUUUUCGCGGCGGUCAGCUGGACAAUAGCUCCCAGUGGUGUGUGAGAACCGACUAUUGCUAAUAAAAUGAACCUAAUUAUAAUCAUA